UUUCAACCAUCUUCACGCAGAUUUUCAAAGCAAGACCGGAAGUGCGUUCAAUCCUGUCAUCACGCAGAGGAAAGCAGUCAGCACUGAGGUCAUCUGCUUCAAGGUGUACCUGAACGCUAACGUUAUCAGUGGUGUUUUAGCAAGAAAUCGAAUAGGAUGUCUGGAGAUUUGCCUCUGAAUAUCAACAUUAAAGAACCACGAUGGGACCAGGGCACGUUUAUGGGCCGAGCUCAGCACUUCUUCAUGGUGACAGACCCCAGAAACGUGCUGCUGUCCAGUGAGGUUUUAGAGGAUGCCAGAGUUACUGUGGAGAACUACAGGUUGGGAAACGUGAAGCCUGGGCUAACAGAAGAUCAACUAUGGAGGGCCAAAUACAUUUACGACUCUGCUUUCCACCCAGACACAGGAGAGAAAAUGCUGCUAAUUGGACGUAUGUCUGCACAAGUGCCCAUGAACAUGACCAUUACGGGUUGCAUGCUUACCUUUUACAGGACAACCCCAGCAGUGGUGUUUUGGCAGUGGGUAAACCAGUCCUUCAACGCCAUUGUCAACUACACUAACCGCAGUGGAGAUGCGCCAAUCACCGUGAAUCAGCUUGGAGCAGCCUACGUUAGUGCUACCACUGGAGCUGUAGUAACAGCCCUUGGACUGAAGGCUCUGACCAAGAGCUUGCCAGCUAUUAUGGGGCGUUUUGUUCCAUUUGCUGCAGUGGCAGCAGCAAACUGUAUCAACAUACCCUUCAUGAGACAAAGAGAGCUGAAGUAUGGUAUUCCUGUUACUGAUGCUGAGGGAAAACGUCUCGGAGAAUCAAGUGAAGCUGCUCAGCAAGCCAUCGUACAGGUGGUGGUGUCUCGUAUCGGCAUGGCAGUGCCAGCCAUGGCUAUUCCUCCGGUUAUCAUGAAUGCCUUAGAAAAGAAGGCCUUCAUGAAGCGGUUCCCGGUUCUCAAUGCCCCUGUACAAGUUGGACUUGUUGGACUCUGUCUGGUGUUUGCCACUCCACUGUGCUGUGCUCUGUUCCCACAGAAGAGUUCUAUGAAGGUGAGCAGCCUGGAGCCGGAGCUUCAAGAGAGGAUACGGCAAAACAAUCCUCACAUCACCACAGUUUAUUUUAACAAGGGUCUGUAAUCAGGUCUAGGUUGCAGCCUAUGUUGAUGUCCUCCACUGCACUGGAGGUUAGUGGGCACAACUUGAAGAGUAGAACAUAUUUAUUUUUGUUUUGCUGUUCCGAGUUAUAUAUUUUUGUCAGUUUUACCCAAGUUAUUGUACUAUCCAAAAUGACUAUAUGUACAGUGAACUUUUCUGCUGGAUUUAGUUAAAGAUGCUUGAAUGUUAACUGCUGCAUUGCUUUACGCCUCCAUCUAGUGUUGACUGCACACACACAGACUUAUUUACCAGUAUAUUAAUUUCUUUCAUUUAUUCUAGAUUAUCAUUUGCAUAUAGUAUGAUUUUUUUUUCCCCCUAGUGAUCUUUGGAUUUCCAGGUUUGUGGCUCAAACGUCUGACUAACUUCGCUCUCCCAUGCGAGUUGUUACUAAAGACCGUUACAGAAAUUGGGUUUUCAACUUUAUUCUGCCAAAAGGAGUAUUUCCACCUUUCAUGCUCCACUAUGUGCCCAAUAAGUGCACUUAUGCAGUGUGCAUUAUGCACUACAAAAGAAACCCUGAGAUGUGCAAACACUCCUUCAUGAGCACAUCAAAAUGCUAAUUAUUGGGUGACUACCACUGAUAUCACUUCCUGCAGGUCA